AUGGCGUUCUAGCAGACUUCAAAAGUUAGAUAUUAUGUACAUUCAGGAAUAACUGGUUGGAUGCAGCCAAGGAAUUUCUCCUAAAGUAUGGCCAGUGUUCCUGUCCCGUCAAGUGGAGGUGAUGCCCUCUCACAGCCCCCUAUAAAGAAGGCGAAACUGGAAAACGACAUGGCGACGUCAAACCAGCAGUCUCAUCCUCCUCUUCAACAUCAAACAGUGUUACCUCUGUCCACCGGAGCCAUGCCUGUCACAUCCAGUAACUUCCCUGGUGCAAUCAGCCUGACGAUAUCUAAUGGUGUGAUUAACUUGAAGACAGGUGGUCAGGGUGAUGGCUCAAAUACAGCUAAUUUUUCUCCUGGUGUAACAAUGGUUAAGGGACCUGUAGGUAAUAUGGUGCACACAUCUAUGGCUGGGCAGAUGUCCCCCGCACCUCACAUGCCUCAGGGGAUGACCCAACUUAAGAUACCCAACCCACGACCUGUCCAGUUCAGAAUGGCCCAUGGCCCCAAUCUGUGUCCAGUCAGUCAAGUGACAGGCAUUUCGUUCAGGCCUACAGGUAUGGUGACCAUGGGAGGCAGGUCCAACGUGCCCAUUCCAUCCCAGACUCUACAGAUGGUGCACCCUAUGUCGGUGCAGCCUAUGAUUCAGUCACAUGCUCACACCUCACAGGUAGCCUCCACACCCAUGGCCAUGGCAGGUAGUCAGGUGGUGUCCGGGAUCCAUCCAUUAGCAGGCACCAUCAUUCCAGCUUCUGCAGUGACAGCUAAGUGUGACCUGGUCACUUCAUCCAAUGGCCAGGCGAACCCUGUCAGUAAAGACAGCCAUCCCAAAAGAAAGGAACAGCUGAUUGCCUCUAAACCUCCCCCAGGGACAGUCCCAAUAGGCAAAUCCCAGACACAGUCGACAGGACCCUCAGGGAAAUCUGCCUCCUCACAGGUACAGCUUCUCUCCUCACCAUCUCAUUUGUCUGUCAUCCCCACCCAGGGACAGCCCAGGACUCAGCUCAAACCUCUUCAGAUGCCCCCUGCCAAACUUCAGCAGCUGUCUGUCGUACCUCCUUCACCACAAAUGCCGGGUGUCAUGAGGUCUCCUUCAGCUCCGCCGUCAGCGACCUUUAACCAGUCACAGUUGUCCCUGGUUCGCUCUCAGUCUCUGGCCUCCCCUCAGCCUGGUAAUGCCCUAGUAUCGCAACCACCACCCCUGUCCAUCAUACGGACCCAGCCUCCCCAGCAUAGUGGGCCAGGUAUGUCACAGCCCCCUCAGCUGUCCUUAGUUCAUGCCCAGCCCUCUCCGCUUCUGGCCCCUCAGCACCCCAUGGUUCUCAACCGCCAUCAUGGGCAGCCCAGCCAAACUGUGCCAGGGGUAGCCAACAUGGUGUCAGGACAGGUGAGCCUAGCAGGGCUAAGACCAGCGGUACCUGUGAUGUUUAGCACUGCGUGUACAACAAGUCAGCCCUCAACAGUGAACUCUGUCACAGCUCUGAAACCUGUUGCCCUGAACCAACACCCAGGAGGAUCAGGUCAGAAUCAAACUCUGAAACUUCAACCAGCUCCUGUACAACCUCAUAAAUCAGAACAAAGUCCCACUUCUCUCCAGCCUGCCAAGUCUUCACUGUCUGCUUCAUCUGGGGUGGAUCCAGCUGAAGAUAAGUCCAACAGCAGUGUCAAAAAGACUCCUGAAGACAGCACCACUGCUCAGGAGCCAGCCUCUAAACCUGACAGCACUGUCUCAUCAGGGUCUGUUACGCCUCAGGAGGCACCAAGCACCACGUCGGACUUCGACCCCGUGGAUGCCAUGACCUGGGAAAAUGGUAUAGGGACACUCCCAGGCAGUGACCUCAAAUUCCGUAUAAAUGAGUUUGGUAUAAUGGAGAUGAUCACAGAUGACUUGAUUCUGGACACUGAUGUGCUAGCUGACAGUGACAACAAAAGUGACAAACCAGGUGAAAAUGGCUCAACUGGGACACCCGCAACCAUUCAUUUAGAGGUUGUGAAAGCUGAGUCCUCGGAGACAACUGAUGGUCAAAUGAAACCAGAUGAAAGCAAGCGGUGCAAAAAUUGUGGCCGGAACUUUCACAAAAAUGAAUUCUUAAAGUCAGGGAAAUUUUGUUCCCAAGCCUGUUCUGAAGCAUUUUCAAAUGAUCGAUCUAACCAAGCACUAAAGAAACAAAUGACCAAAGAUGGCAAUGUGGUAAAAAAGAAGAAAAAGAAAGUUGGUGAUGCAGGGAAAAGAGAACCGAUGUUGGAUUCGCUUAAUAUUUCCAUUCCAGAGUCUGGUGACAAAGGUCCUGGAAAGAAGCCCAAAGGUUUCAUUUGGAGUCAGUAUCUUGAUCAGGAAAAAGCAAUUGGUGCUCCCACAAAACUCUUCAAAGAGCCUUUUCCUCAGGUGAGGAAUGGGUUUAAGGUGGGUAUGAGGUGUGAAGGGAUUGACCCCAGCCAUCAAUCCCUGUUUUGUGUGUUAAGCAUUGUGGAAGUGAGGGGAUUCAGGCUUAGAAUGCACUUUGAUGGCUACUCCGAAAGCUACGACUUCUGGAUCAAUGCUGACAACCCUUACAUUUUCCCUGCGGGGUGGUGUGAGAAAAACGGAAAGAAACUUGAACCUCCCAGAGGGUUUACUACUGACUUUGAAUUUAAUUGGGGAGGUUACCUGAAAUUUUGCGGUGGUCAGGCUGCACCGAAGCACCUGUUCAUCAAUCAACAUUCUGCUACCUUGACGCCUAAUCUGUUCCGUGUGGGCCAGAAGCUGGAGGCCGUAGAUCGGAAGAACACAACCCUAAUCUGUGUGGCCACUGUGGCUGACACCCUGGGGGACAAAAUCCUGGUGCACUUUGACGGCUGGGAUGACGAGUAUGACUACUGGUGUGACCCUGGUUGUCCUUACAUUCACCCCGUGGGCUGGUGUCAGGAGAAUGCAAAGGCCCUGUCCCCUCCCUGUGACUGGGCAGAUGUCUCAAACUUCACCUGGGAGGAAUAUCUCACCAAGUGUAAUGCCACAGCUGUUCCUCCAAGAGCGUUCAAGCCGCAUGCCCCAGUUGGAUUCGAAGUGGGUAUGAAACUAGAAGCUGUGGACAAGCGUAACCCUAUUCUCAUUCGUGUUGCCACUGUGAAGAGUGUUGAGGAGAACCAGAUAUGCAUUCAUUUUGAUGGAUGGUCAGAGAGUUAUGAUUUCUGGGUGGAUGAUGAUUGUCCAGACCUGCAUCCGCCAGGCUGGUGUGGCAGAACAGGGCAUGCCUUGCAACCUCCAGUCUAUCCCGAAGACUUGAUUGUUUCCCCUGGACAAGGGGGCUGCCCCACUCCUGGCUGUAAAGGAAUGGGACAUAUUAAAGGUGCAAAAUACAACGGUCAUCAUAGUGCUUUUGGUUGUCCAUACUCCCACAUGAACAUGAUAAAGGAUGUGCCGCUAGCUGAUCGUUUAUCAUCUGGGAGAAAUGACGAGGGAUCAGGGGGACCUGCAACCAAGACUUCCAGAGCAGUAGACAAAGGGUCUCCUGAGAUCAGGUCAUGCCCCACGCCAGGAUGUGAUGGAAGUGGCCAUGUCACAGGGAAGUAUGCAGCACAUUCAAAAGUGUCUGGAUGUCCCUUGUCUUCACAAAACAUAACCAAACCUAAACCCUACCACACAAAAGCUGGGAUAAAGUUCAGGCCUGGCAGAGGAAGGGGCAGGAAGAAGCACAAAUUUCUUCACUGGAGAGAAAAAAGAGAAAGAGAGUUAGUGUCACCAGGUAAUUCCCCUGAGCCGGCCAUGGGUGGUGCCGGAAACAACCUCCAUAAUGGCAUCCAUCAGUCUGUGUUCAUGUCAGCAAUGGUACCAAACCCAGCCAAAGAUCUGCCUCUUUGCUGGGACCAGCACUCAAAACUGCUGCCAGGGGUGGACAAAAUCAAGGGCAGCCAGGUAGCCAGCUGGUCUAUACAAGAUGUGGCGGACUUUGUCAAGACUCUGCCAGGCUGCGAAGAACAGGCCAGUGUCUUCACGGAAGAGCAAAUUGAUGGCGAGGCAUUCCUGCUGCUCAACCAGACUGACAUUGUGAAGAUCAUGAAUAUAAAGCUGGGACCAGCUCUGAAGAUUUAUAACAGCAUUUUAAUGUUUAAGAGCUCUGUGGAAACAUGAACCCAACUUAAACCUCUGUUUAAGAGCUCGGUGGAAACAUGAACCCAACAUAAACGUCUUAAUUGUUUUUAUUCACUCCUCAGUUUGCCUGGUUUGUUAGGAGGGUAUUUGAUGAUUACGUUUAAUUUAUAUCAUCAAGCUCUAAGCAUUGGUUAAUACAGUCUUCAAGCCUUGUGUGGCCUGCUUCUCACAGCAGUCUUAUCAUUUCUGUUGGUGUACAUUCACACUACAGGCUGCACCAUGAUGAAGCUUCUGUCCUGUUCACACGACCAAAAUUGUACCUGGAUUAAAUGUGAACUUGUUUAAAUGGAGUCCAGUUUUGAAAGUGCUUGUGUUUACAUAUGUAUGUGGUCAGAAUCAGUUUAAAGCCAGUUUAAGAAUUUGUCCGUUCAUACACGUCAUAUUUAAGCUAGUUGAGUAAUGUCAUUGUGGAAAUCCUUAUAGGACAUAUUAUCAUGCAUACCGUACAU